CAAAUGUUCGUGACAGAUUGACGAUCAUUCUAUAAAAGUAUAUGUUGGCUUAUUUUUUACCUGCAGAAUGCUAAAAAAGGCUGUUGUUCCUGUCGUUCGGGCGAUCCGCAAUUGUCAUCACGACAACGCUCCCGCUAAAUUCACUGGACAAACUCCAAAUGGAUUCAUUCACGACGGUUGGGCCAAUGCUCGUACACCCUUCAGCGUUGCGAACAGAUGGAUGUUCUCAAUCAAAGCGACGUUGUUCUUGGCUAUUGGUUUCUGGGCACCAUUUGCGGUUGUCGAAUAUCAAUUGCGGAAGGCGAAACAUAUGUCUGUCAGAGCCAUAGCUCCUUUUAUUCGUAGCGUACGCAACUGCAGCAUCAAAUCGCCUGUGAAAUCAGAUGCGACAAAGUUUGUUGGACAGACUCCAACGAGUUUUAUCCACGAUGGUUGGGCGAAUGCGCGAACACCCUUCAGCGUCGCAAACAGAUGGUUGUUCAACGUGAAGGCAGUCGCAUUUUUGGCUAUUCCGUUCUGGGCACCAUUCAUGGUUGUUGAAUAUCAAUUGAAAAAGGCAAAUCAAUAGAGCGAUCGUUCAUACUAUGCUGGUGAUUGUUCUGUAUGAUUCUGAGUGUUAGUCUCUGUAAAUAAAGCUUAG